CGUGCUGAUGCACGCAGAUGUGCGAUGCUUGCGAGUGUGGUAACAGUUACAGUGGUGUGCGCAGAACCUGUUUGCAGGUUAUGCAGGUCCGAUGUCUUUUCCCUGUGCGCUUUAUGGCAUGAAGCAGCUGAACGUCCGACGUGUCCCAGAAGUCCGAGCAGCAGCUCGGCCGCUUGGCCACAAAAUUACAAGCAGCAGGCGACAAGUUGAAGGGUUCGCUGUUGCAGUGGACUUGCAAAAGUCACUUGUAACAGGGAUUAGGAGAAAACCGGGGCCGAGCACUCGGCCCGCGUCAUGAACUUCAACUUCUUCAUGCUGCGCCGACCGCUGUCGCGCCAAGCAUACAAAACUACAUUAGUGAGCGUACACUCGUAGUUUGCUACCACUGCAUAUGCCCUGCUCUCGCGAACAAUUUUCCUGUUUUCCCUCCACUCUGUUUUCCCAGAGUGGAGCCACUCUGUGACAUCCUUGCAUAACAGAAGCCUAUAUAGAAGAUGCUAUUAUAGUAGUUCAUCGUCACUUGACAUACUAGUGCAACGAGUCUUCAAGGUGGCGUGGCGACAUUCACUUGCGCAGCCAUUGAAGUAAUGGCAACCACUCAGGCGCGCCAAGGCUGCGGAACGGACGCAAAUCAUGGCACUGCGUCUGCAGCUCAUACAAUGCCAGGUUCCGCCAUCUCCGGCCCUGCUCUUGUACAUUCGACGCGUGUGCGGCGACGGAAAAACCGGCGCGCCCUUCCAUUAAUGACGCUGAUCGUCAUGGGCAUAGCCUGCCUGGGCUCCAUCAUGGCAGCCACAGCAUACGCAGCAGGUGACGUGGAGGAGGAGAGCGGGCUACUGUUUGUGGAGCAGCCGCCCUCCACAGACAGCUCUACCUCAGUCAACUUCUUUAGCAGCAGCAGCAGUCAACUGCCGGCGGGCGGCACGACGUCGAGCCAAUCAACGACCUGCACACAGGGAUCGUGCUGUGAUGUGGUCAUGUAUCCAUCCAACAGCACAGGUCAGCUGAUAGGCGGCAAGGGGCCAGUGGUCACAUGCGGCCGCCAGGCGGCGUGCCUAGGGGUGUACCUGGCGGGAAGCACAUGCAAGGUUCAGGCGGAGGCGGGCACGUCGAAAGUGUACACUUACUGCGAAGUCUGCAUUUUCUGGAGCAACGCAUCUGGUGCAUGCUCCAAGUCGCUGUCGGACACCAUCAGCCACGUGUGCUCAGCGGACCGCCAAUAUGGAGUGGUCCAGGCACCAGGGCAAGCACCCCAGACCUCUGAUACAAACAAGCUCGAGGGAUGGAAAAGCGGCCUGGAUGAUGGCUAUUGCCAAUGGAUUCGAUGGAACACGACCUCGUCGGCCUGGGCGGAGACGCUGUGGAGCGUCAAGGACGGCAGCGGAAGCUGUCUGGCUAACGGCGCCGCGCCUGUCACCAUAGACCUUCCGAGGGGUGCAAACGCAUCUUGCACUGGGCCCAGGCUGACAAGCGGCAACAAUCGAGUAGGCUGUGCCAACGGUAAUCAAGCAAACGAGUGUCUUUGGCGAAUCUGGCUUCCAAGACCAGGUGGUGACGUGAUUCCUUGCACGGCAUCGCCACCCUCGCCCCAACCGCCGGAUCCUCCAAACCCACCAUCUCCGCCCAGCCCUCGGCCGCCGGCGCCGCCCAGCCCCGCGCCACCCACUCCAUCAUCUCCCAAGCCGCCGUUGCCCCCUAGCCCCAAGUCGCCUGUGCCUCCCAGUCCGAGACCACCUUCACCUUCGCCGCCGCAGCCGCCUAGCCCUGCGCCGCCGUUGCCCCCUAGCCCCAAGCCGCCUGUGCCUCCAAGUCCUAGACCACCUUCACCUUCGCCGCCGCAGCCGCCUAGCCCUGCGCCGCCGUUGCCCCCUAGCCCCAAGCCGCCUGUGCCUCCCAGUCCUGGACCACCUUCACCUUCGCCGCCGCAGCCGCCCAGCCCUGCGCCGCCGUCACUUGCACCUCCCAGCCCCAACCCACCUGCGCCGCCCAGCCCCGCGCCUCCCUCGCCGCAGCCGUCUAGCCCCUCGCCUCCAUCGCCGCAUCCGCCUAGCCCUGCGCCUCCGUCGCCUACGCCUCCCAGCCCUGCUCCGCCGGCACCGCCCAGCCCGAAGCCGCCCAGCCCGACGCCGCCGAUACCCCCUAGCCCUAAGCCGCCGGCGCCUCCCAGUCCUAAGCCGCCUGUACCGCCGAGCCCGCGGCCGCCGUCACCACCUCGCCCGCCGCUUCCUCCGUUGCCCUCCAACGACUGCGUGUACCGCGGCUCCUUUGACACCCCGGUGGAUGUUAAGCGCGGCCCUGCGGUCACGUGUGCAGACCAGGCCGCCUGCCUGGACGUGAUCUUUGACGGCUCGCAGUGCGAGCAGGAUUACGCGGAUGUGGACGAGGUGGAGGAUCUGCAGCAGGGCGAUGGGGACAGCAGCAGCACUACUAGUACGGACGGGCAGCAAGGCAGCAGCUCCAGCCGGCGCCGGCGCUUGCAGACGACCAGCAGCAGCGACGACGGCCCAUAUCAGCAGGAUGUGUAUACGUACUGCAAGGUGUGCCUGGCGUGGUCCAACGCCCGUGGCGGCUGCGGCAAAGACACGCGCGACACGCUGAGCCACGUGUGCAGCGCGGACCGCUUCAUGGCCGUUGUGCCAGGGGCGGGCCAAGCGCCUGUGGUGGGCUCCACCAACAAGCUCAACAACUGGGAGAGCGGAGACCAGAACCGCUAUUGCCAAUGGGUGCGCUGGAACAGCAGCAGUACCUGGACCGAGGUGUACUGGAGCAUCAAAGACGGCAACGGCGAGUGCCUUCCUGCCGGCCAGACGGCGCCCCUGUCGGUCACUCUGCAGGGCCUGCGCGCGCAGUGCGGCGGGCGUCGCCGUAUUAACAGCACCACUGUAGCAGGCUGUGACAAGGGCAGUCAGUCCAACGAGUGCCUGUGGCGCAUUGACUUGCCUCUUCCCGGCUCCCCCGACUUUCAGUGCCGUGCGCCAUCGCCGCCCAGCCCGCGGCCGCCGGUGCCGCCUAGCCCUUCCCCACCCGCUCCACCCAGCCCUCGGCCGCCAGCGCCGCCCAGCCCCAAGCCUCCCUCACCGCAGCCGCCUAGCCCCGCGCCGCCGUCGCCUGCACCUCCCAGCCCUCGGCCGCCUGCGCCUCCCAGCCCUGCUCCGCCGGCGCCGCCCAGCCCCGCGCCUCCCUCGCCGCAGCCACCUAGCCCUGCGCCACCGUCGCCUGCGCCUCCCAGCCCUGCUCCGCCGGCGCCGCCUAGCCCCGCGCCGCCGUCGCCUGCACCUCCCAGCCCUCGGCCGCCUGCGCCUCCCAGCCCUGCUCCGCCAGCGCCGCCCAGCCCCGCGCCUCCCUCACCGCAGCCACCUAGCCCUGCGCCACCGUCGCCUGCGCCUCCCAGCCCUGCUCCGCCGGCGCCGCCUAGCCCCGCGCCGCCGUCGCCUGCACCUCCCAGCCCUGCGCCACCGUCGCCUGCCCCCGCGCCUGGCGUGCCUCCGCCAUCGCCUGUUCCGCCCAGCCCUGCCCCCGGCGUGCCUCCGCCGUCGCCUGCGCCGCCCAGCCCCGCGCCUGGCGUGCCUCCGCCGUCGCCUGCGCCGCCCAGCCCCUCGCCUGGCGUGCCUCCGCCGUCGCCUGCGCCGCCCAGCCCCUCGCCUGGCGUGCCUCCGCCAUCGCCCGAGCCGCCCAGCCCCGCGCCUGGCGUGCCUCCGCCGUCGCCCGAGCCGCCCAGCCCCGCGCCUGGCGUGCCUCCGCCAUCGCCUGAGCCGCCCAGCCCCGCGCCUGGCGUGCCUCCGCCAUCGCCCGAGCCGCCCAGCCCCGCGCCUGGCGUGCCUCCGCCGUCGCCUGCGCCGCCCAGCCCCUCGCCUGGCGUGCCUCCGCCAUCGCCCGAGCCGCCCAGCCCCGCGCCUGGCGUGCCUCCGCCGUCGCCCGAGCCGCCCAGCCCCGCGCCUGGCGUGCCUCCGCCGUCGCCCGAGCCGCCCAGCCCCGCGCCUGGCGUGCCUCCGCCAUCGCCUGAGCCGCCCAGCCCCGCGCCUGGCGUGCCUCCGCCGUCGCCCGAGCCGCCCAGCCCCGCGCCUGGCGUGCCUCCGCCGUCGCCUGCGCCGCCCAGCCCCGCGCCUGGCGUGCCUCCGCCGUCGCCUGCGCCGCCCAGCCCCGCGCCUGGCGUGCCUCCGCCGUCGCCCGAGCCGCCCAGCCCCGCGCCUGGCGUGCCUCCGACGUCGCCUGCGCCGCCCAGCCCCGCGCCUGGCGUGCCUCCGCCGUCGCCUGCGCCGCCCAGCCCUGCCCCCGGCGUGCCUCCGCCGUCGCCCGAGCCGCCCAGCCCCGCGCCUGGCGUACCUCCGCCGUCGCCUGCGCCGCCCAGCCCCGCGCCUGGCGUACCUCCGCCGUCGCCUGCGCCGCCCAGCCCUGCCCCCGGCGUGCCUCCGCCGUCGCCUGCGCCGCCCAGCCCCGCGCCUGGCGUGCCUCCGCCUUCGCCCGAGCCGCCCAGCCCCGCGCCUGGCGUGCCUCCGCCAUCGCCCGAGCCGCCCAGCCCCGCGCCUGGCGUGCCUCCGCCGUCGCCUGCGCCGCCCAGCCCCUCGCCUGGCGUGCCUCCGCCAUCGCCCGAGCCGCCCAGCCCCGCGCCUGGCGUGCCUCCGCCGUCGCCUGCGCCGCCCAGCCCCUCGCCUGGCGUGCCUCCGCCAUCGCCCGAGCCGCCCAGCCCCGCGCCUGGCGUGCCUCCGCCGUCGCCCGAGCCGCCCAGCCCCGCGCCUGGCGUGCCUCCGCCAUCGCCCGAGCCGCCCAGCCCCGCGCCUGGCGUGCCUCCGCCGUCGCCUGCGCCGCCCAGCCCCGCGCCUGGCGUGCCUCCGCCGUCGCCUGCGCCGCCCAGCCCCGCGCCUGGCGUGCCUCCGCCGUCGCCUGCGCCGCCCAGCCCCGCGCCUGGCGUGCCUCCGCCGUCGCCCGAGCCGCCCAGCCCCGCGCCUGGCGUGCCUCCGACGUCGCCUGCGCCGCCCAGCCCCGCGCCUGGCGUGCCUCCGCCGUCGCCUGCGCCGCCCAGCCCUGCCCCCGGCGUGCCUCCGCCGUCGCCCGAGCCGCCCAGCCCCGCGCCUGGCGUACCUCCGCCGUCGCCUGCGCCGCCCAGCCCCGCGCCUGGCGUACCUCCGCCGUCGCCUGCGCCGCCCAGCCCUGCCCCCGGCGUGCCUCCGCCGUCGCCUGCGCCGCCCAGCCCCGCGCCUGGCGUGCCUCCGCCUUCGCCCGAGCCGCCCAGCCCUGCCCCCGGCGCCACUCCGCCGUCGCCCGAGCCGCCCAGCCCCUCGCCUGUGCCUCCAUCGCCUGCGCCACCUAGCCCGGAGCCUCCGAGCCCUACGCCUACGGGACCUCCAAACCCUGCUCCUUACUCGCCCUCGCCACCUACCCCUGCGCCGCCGUCGCCUGUUCCACCCAGCCCUGCGCCGCUGGAACCUCCAAAUCCCACACCUGCCUCGCCUGAGCCUCCCAGCCCUUCCCCGCUAUCGCCAACUUCCCCCAGCCCUGCGCCUGUGGAGCCUCCGAGCCCCGCGCCUCUCUCACCAGAGCCGCCUAUCUUAGCGCCACCAUCGCCGGCACCGCCCAGUCCCGCGCCUUUGACGCCGCCCAGCCCAUCUCCGUUGCCUCCACCAGUUACGAUUUGCGCAUCUUGCGUGGAAUUCCAGCUGAGUAACAGCCCUUUCGCAUCGACUUCCUUCACGUUUGAUUCAAGCACAUGUGCCAGCCUGGAGGCCUUGGUUGCUGACGAUCUUGACCUACUUCUUACUGGGAGCGGAUUGGUAGUUGAGACGCCUUUUGCGAUCUCAAUAUGUGAUUCGACCGCCGUUCGUAUUUGCGGGGCUUAUAGCCCUUCGUCGGUCAUUGACAUAUCACUUGAUCUGGAGCUUUGGCUGGAAGCUGCAAGCGCAAGCAAUGUCUGCAACGGGGUGUCCAUCCGUGCAGGGGCCAUUUUAGACCCGAACUUUACUACCGGCUCUGCUUCACCUGUAUGUUUGACUGGAGCUGCGCAACGCGACUGUGCGCUCGAAUUGCCGCCCUCUCCGGACCCUCCGUCUCCCGAGCCACCCUCUUCGCCGGCUCCGCCGCCACCGGCCACCAUUGCCUCAUUCUUACCUCCACCGCCUCCUCCACCGCCACCUGAGAGCCCGCCGCCACCACCUCCACCGCCACCCGAUACCCCGCCACAGCCUCCACCUUCGCCGCCGCCACCGCCACCCGACGCUCCUCCUCCACCCCCGCCGGAUGCGCCGCCCCUGCCCCCAAGCCCGCCUCCACCACCUUCACCACCUCCACCUCGCCCGCCGCCGACCGGCCAGGGCCUUUUUGGGCAGCCCCCUCUUCGAAACAUUCCGCCGUUUGCGCCGGAUGCACCACCGCCCUCAGCACCGCCGCAAGAUUGUGCUUAUAAAGGCCCAUCCACCGCUACGGACGGGGCCCCUCCUGGAUCUCGGUCGUGUGGAAUGCAGGCCUCAUGCCUAGACGUCAUAAUGGACUCCUCGGAAUGCAUGUACCGUACAACAACCGGUCGCAAGUAUUUGUAUUGCCCCGUGCACUUGACGUAUCCGCGUGAGGGGAGCAUGUGCGAGAUUACCUCCGCCGCGAGGGCGUCAUCACCGCCGCCCAGCGGGCGCAACCGCGGCGGCAGCACCACUGCCGCCGGCGGUGACACCAGGGCCAGCACGGGCGCCAUCGUUGCGGCGGGCAGCAGCAGCAGUAGCAGCGCCGGAACCAGCGCCGUCGAGAUUGUCGAAAUUGACAUCGCCUACUCAGACGUGCUCGUAUGCGCCGGGGACCGGCUGGGAACCGUCAUCGAGGGCCCCGGCGGAGUGCCUGUACCCGGGGGCGUCAACCAGGUCAUGUGGCUUCCCUCGUCCAACUACACGCAAUGGGCACGCUGGGAAGCUGACGAUCUGUCCCCUGCGCUGAUCACGUUCUCCAUCCGCAACGGCAACAAGGCAUGCGCGGCAAACAGCAACCCGACCCAGAUCCUGGUCAACGGCAUGACGGCCACGUGCAGCAAUCCACGCUAUGAUCCAGACAGCGGCGCAGUGGCAGGCUGCCAGUCCAAUGACGGCACCGUAUUUAACGAAUGCCUCUGGACCAUCACCGUCCCACGCCCCGGCGGCAUUGGCUGGACGUCUGCCGUGUGCGUAAGAGACUCGCCCAGCCCGCCCUCCCCCGCACCCAGGCCACCGCCGCGCCCCGGCGCCAGCCCAAACAUCCGGGCGCCUGCUGCUCCGCCCGACCCCUGCGUGCUUCAGGGUCCUUCCAGCGAUGGGGGCGGCCUUUCCAACGCAAUCGCAUGCGGCACCCAGGGUUCGUGCCUGGACAUCUACUACAACAGCGCCGACUGCAAAUACCAAACCCUGAGCGGUGAUCCGUUCGCUUCCCAGCAGUACUUAAUGUGCCCAAUCUGCCUAACCUUUCCUCGACCGGGAUCGCCUUGCGCGCUGAAUGCGCUCACUCCUAUUGACUACGUGUGCGCCGGCGAUGAGAACUCCCUCGUGAUUGACGGCGUGACGGGGCAGCCAGUCGUGGGUGGCGGGAACAUCAAGCGCGGCUGGGAGGAGGGCACGCGCUACUGCCAAUGGGCGCGAUGGUCCAGCGACGACAUGGCCCCACAGACAAUCGCAUUCAGCAUCAAGAAUGGCGCCAACCGUUGCAUACGGCGCAACAGCAUCGACAUUACAGUGCGCGGCUUGACGGCGUCAUGCGGCGCACCCCGUGUAAACCCAUUCAAUGGCUUCGCGGGCUGCGCGGGCAAUGACGACGUGGACAAUGAGUGUCUGUGGAACAUCACGGUGCCACGCCCCGGUGGAGUGGGCUGGACAGGGAAUGUGUGCGUCACGCCGCCGCCACCCAUGCCACCGUCUCCAAAGCCGCCACGCCCGGGCGCGAAGCCCAGCAAGGGCAAUCCGCCCGUACCGCCCUCUCCGACCCCUCCGCGCCCGCCCAAGCCAGUUGCAAAGCCUGGAGGCAGAAGUCCAGCCAACCUCGUCCCACCACCGCCACCACCGCCCUCUUCGCACCGAAUACCGUUUCCUUUCUGCGCGUGCAAGAAGCGGAGCCCUCGCAACGCGCCCUAUCGGCUCGUGUACCGCAACACUACACAGCUCGCGACGCUCUCUGACGGUUUGGCUCGGAAGCGACACUGCUUCUCAGUCGAGGUGACGCCUUGUGACGAGACAACCUCCUGCUGCGGCAUGGGCAUAAAAAAGAUCGAAUUGUUUGCCAGGAAUGAGUGCCGCAAGUCGGUUCGUCUGGUGCUGGUUGACGGGAUGAGCGUCAGCUGGUCGUUUACCCAGGACGUGUUCCAAUCUGCCACCUACACCACCUUCAAGCUGCCCACACUGACCAUGAGCCGCGUGGACGUGGGCAGUGGCUUCGACGUGUGCAUGCAGGUCAUAGAGCCCUGCGCCAGCCUGGAGGACUUCUGCUGGGGCGACUCCGGCAGCUGCAGAUCAACAUUUUUCUCGCUGGAUGAGCAAUGCUGUCCCACGGGUGAUACCGUGUUUGGCGCCGCGCCAUCCAGGAGCCCAGAUCCCGAGGGCGCGCCUCCCCCCGUCAUGGAGGUGGAGGUCGGUCGCAGACUUCGCAGGGCCACCUAGCAAUGUUACAUUGCCUUGAGUAGUUUAUCCUAGAGAACUGGCAGGAGGGGAUGAUCUAAGCGCCCGAAUGUACGAUGGCUUGGAAGUGAGCUUCUUAUUUUGGGUGCACUUAUGUGUGUCAUCGAUGUUAGUGAUUACCUCUGGACUGCAGUGUUGAUGUCGGGGUGGAUCCAUGGACGGAUGUACAUUGGCAGCAAGAAUGUUGAUUGCCCCCUUACUUACUUUCCUUUAUUCCAGUGUAGCGGUUAGCACAGUUUAUUCAGGGCGGGUGGGCCUUACCAACACAGCAGUCCGCCAUCCAUCAUGCAAUGGGCCAAGGGGUUUGUUUGUGUUACUACGUACGUACGCACUACAGCAUAUUAUCAGCGCCACAAAACGCACCUCUUCCAAUUGUGUGUGUGUGUGUGUGUGUGUGUGUGUGUGUGUGUGUGUGUGUGUGUGUGUGUGUAUGUGUGUAUGUGUGUGUGUAUGUGUGUGCGUGUGUGUGUGUGUGUGUGUGUGGAUGUGUGUGUGUGUGGAUGUGUGUGUGUGUGGCGCCCGUUUGUGGUGAUUAUUAAACUCUUCUGAACAUCGAUAGUAACGCAGACUGUAAGAUGUGUUACUCUAGAAUGACUUGUUGUGUGUGGUUACAAGGUGGUGAGCACGACGUGCAUUCCUGUCCUUGUAGAAACCGAGGCCCGGGCCGGGGGGCCCUUAUAACGCCUGACUUAUGUGAACGUGCGUGUGUUUCGAGCUCAUCUACAUACCCGCAUUGCUUGCCCGCAUUGUCCUGGCCUGCUGCGGCAGCAUAUCCUUAAUUGCCUUUUUAUGAAGGCGGCCAUCGUGUUACAUAUUAUAAACUUAUAAUACCGCCCAAAAAUUAUGAAGGGUUCUGUGUAAGCUAUCAUAGCUGGCAGGUAGGCAACAGGCACAAGUAUGGUGAAGCUGAUGUGGUUUCCAACCGUCCUCGCUCUGCAUCCGCCGGCCGUGCGGAGUUGGGACCGGCGGCGCCUGUCAACCCAGGGCCGGCCCCCGGCUCUCCUUGUGUAAUUGUAUCGGUCC